AUGGCGGCCUCCUCUCUUCUCCGAUCUUCACCUUUCUUCUCCUCUCCCCAACAACGAAACCCCAGGACCAUCAACAAUAGCCCUAGAUUCCUUACAGUCAAGGCUACAAUCUCAUCUUCGGACAAAUCAGUCGACACAACGCCAGUCAUCAAAUCCCACCGCCGCCCCGCAGAUGAAAACAUCCGUCAAGAAGCCCACCGCCGUUGCUCCUCCGAACCGAAUAACUUCUCUGCCAAAUACGUCCCAUUCAACGCCGAUCCUGGGUGCACGGAAUCCUACUCGCUUGACGAGAUUGUUUACCGAUCCCGCUCCGGUGGCCUACUCGAUGUCCAACAUGAUAUGGAAGCCCUAAAGGAAUUUGAUGGAAAUUACUGGAAAAACCUUUUUGAUGGACGAAUCGGGAAAACAAACUGGCCAUAUGGGUCAGGUGUGUGGUCGAAGAAAGAAUGGGUGUUACCGGAGAUUGAUUCCGAUGAUAUCGUCAGCGCGUUUGAAGGUAACUCUAAUAUGUUUUGGGCUGAGCGUUAUGGCAAACAGCAUCUCGGUAUGAACGAUUUGUGGGUAAAACACUGUGGUAUUAGCCAUACAGGUAGUUUCAAAGAUUUAGGCAUGACUGUUUUGGUUAGCCAAGUGAAUAGGUUGCGUAAAAUGAAUCGUCCGGUGGUCGGAGUCGGCUGUGCAUCCACCGGCGACACUUCUGCUGCGCUAUCCGCUUACUGUGCAUCUGCAGGUAUUCCAAGUAUCGUUUUCUUGCCUGCUAAUAAGAUCUCAAUGGCGCAAUUAGUUCAGCCCAUUGCAAAUGGAGCGUUUGUGUUGAGUCUGGAUACUGAUUUCGAUGGUUGCAUGCAAUUAGUCAGAGAAGUAACUUCUGAAUUACCGAUUUAUUUGGCUAAUUCGUUAAACAGUUUGAGGAUAGAAGGGCAGAAAACAGCCGCCAUUGAAAUCUUACAACAAUUCGAUUGGGAAGUACCUGAUUGGGUGAUUGUUCCCGGUGGGAAUUUGGGUAACAUCUAUGCUUUCUACAAAGGAUUUCAUAUGUGUAAAGAAUUGGGAUUGGUCGACAGGAUUCCAAGGCUUGUUUGUGCUCAAGCUGCAAACGCAAAUCCUCUUUACCUCCAUUAUAAAUCCGGAUGGACUGAUUUUAGUCCAGUGAAAGCAAAAACCACUUUCGCCUCUGCUAUCCAGAUUGGUGAUCCUGUUUCAAUAGAUCGUGCUGUUUAUGCUCUCCAAAACUCAAAUGGGAUUGUUGAAGAAGCUACUGAAGAAGAGCUGAUGGAUGCCAUGGCUCAAGCUGAUUCAACUGGGAUGUUCAUCUGUCCACAUACUGGUGUUGCUUUAACUGCUUUGGACAAACUUAGAAACAGUGGUGUGAUUCGUCCUACUGAUAGGACAGUUGUGGUGAGCACUGCACAUGGGCUAAAGUUUACUCAAUCCAAGAUCGAUUACCAUUCCAAAGCCAUUCCAGAAAUGGCUUGCAGGUUAGCUAAUCCACCUGUGAAUGUGAAGGCUGAUUUUGGGUCAGUUAUGGAUGUUCUUAAAAAGUACUUAUUGAGCAAAGAAUCGAAGAACUAA